UACCCGGCUUCGACCUUGAUCAGAAAAAAAAUUAGCACUUUGCGCUGUGGAAAGUAGACUAUAUUAGAGCGGAGACAGAAGUCGUGGAUAGUUUGGUGUUGGUAAGCCAUGACUGAAUACAAACUGGUGGUGGUUGGAGCCGGCGGUGUUGGGAAAAGUGCGUUGACUAUACAACUCAUUCAAAAUCACUUUGUAGAUGAAUACGACCCAACAAUUGAGGAUUCUUACAGAAAACAAGUUGUCAUAGAUGGGGAAACAUGUUUAUUGGAUAUUCUAGACACAGCAGGACAAGAAGAAUACAGUGCAAUGAGAGAUCAAUAUAUGAGAACUGGAGAAGGAUUUCUUUGCGUCUUUGCAGUCAAUAACAAGAGAUCAUUUGAAGAAAUCCAUGCAUUUAGACAACAGAUUAAAAGAGUGAAAGAUGCAGAUGAAGUCCCCAUGGUUUUGGUUGGAAACAAGUGUGAUCUUCAAAGGACUGUAAUGCCAGCAGAAGCAUACGACUUAGCAACAAGUUAUGGAAUUCCAUUUAUAGAGACAUCAGCUAAGACAAGACAAGGAGUCGAGGAUGCCUUUUACACUUUAGUCAGAGAAAUCAGACGGGAUAAAGGAAAGAAACCAGUGAACGCUCCUAAAAAGAAGAAAAAAUGUAUAAUCUUGUAAUGUUUUUUCAUUUCUUAUUUGUUCAGUUAACAGCUCAGUAAAUUUAGUCCCUUCAAAGUAUUCUAAGUUCUCUCAUAGAAGAUUAUACAUAUCCAACCAUCAUGAAUCAGUCAGUGGAAGAAGGCUGAGCUGAUUUGUGUGUGUAGGCCUCACUACUCCUUCCAAUCCAUUGUAAGCAUUGACUCCUUGGUGAAAGUAAAAGGUACCUUAAGUUUGGAGAAUAGUUUAAAACAAAUUCAAAUUGCAUAGCCAAGAAGUUUGACAAGAUUGAAGGAGAGACUUCAAACUUUGUAGUGAUUUGACAGAGGUUAUUUUUUCUUUUUUGGAGCUGUAAGAUUUAUAAUGGCUGAAUUUGACUCAGUUCCUGUUGUAAAACUUACAGUGGUGUGACUUGUAGAAAAUUUUAAAAAUUUAUUUAUUGAUAUUUUAAAGACAAUUAACCAAUAAUAAAACAGAACUGCUGCAUUUUUUGUGAGAUUUGAAGGAGAUAAAGCAAUGUGUAUUACAAUUUUUUGUUUGUUUUUACUGUUGGAAGAAUGUGACUAUAAAUUCAAAGCAAAAUAGAUCUGUCACCAGAACUGACUGUAAAUUUGCAAACAAAUAAUUCCGUUUGCAUGUACAUGCCAAUGGUAUUUUUCAGGGGAAAUGUUCUGAUGUUGUGGGAGAGGUCAGCCAGAGGUUUCUGCAGGUCAGAAACAUUUUGCAUUUGAGGAUAAUAGUAAAUGAAUGACUGAUAACCAUACGCAUGUACUUGCAGGGUAUACAUAAGAAUGAGGUGACAGUGAUUUUCCCCUUGGAUUCAUUGAUAAACUCUUUGUACACCAAGGUGUUGCUCAGCUUCCAUAAACAGCUUGUUAGUCAUUUUUAGCAGUAAAUUGAAGGCUUUAAAGAGAGGGUCACUUAGUAGAACAUUUAUUGCAAUUACUAUGCAAUGUGAAGACUAAUGGAGUUAGGUUGUAUUCUGUAACGUGUUGGUUGACCACAGCAGUCAAAUAUCAGGCAUGAGCCAGUGGACAGCUAGAAAACAUAAGAAAUGACUGCUUUCAUGCAAAACGUAGGGGAAAAGUGUUCUUAGAAAUCUGUAAAGAGAUGUUGAGACUCUCAAAAAGGGAGCUAACUUCACAUCAGCUGUGUUGUUGAAUUUGCCUGGAAGCACUUCUGUUACUCAUUAAAAUAUUGUCACGUGUGGAGAUGUUUGACUGCUGGGUUCCAUUUUAAGUGAAUUGACUGAUCAUGUGACUCUUCCCCUGUCUGUAUAGUAGACUCCUUAUCUUACAAUCAAACCUUUUUAGGGGCAACCAAGAAUUUCAUUUUGAUAAGCCAGUUGGAGGUUCUCAUAGGCUAAGCAACUCAAGUGGCAAAGUUGUUAGAGAUGCUGGCUCAUCUAAAACAGGCCUGAGCUGUUGCACUUGUGAGAGCUUGUUCUGAGAGUGUGAUUUAAGUUCUUAGGGUCAACUGUACUUAAUCCCCUUUGUUCUUUUGUGUUCUCAGCUAUAAUACUUAACCUUGUAAACAUGUAGGUAGCUGUUAUUGCUUUAUUUGGUGUUUCUUUGUAUCCUGUUAUGGUACUGUGUGUAUUUUAUCCCCUUUUUGUUCCUGGAAAAGAAGUCCUUUUUCCAAAAGUAGUUUUAAAUUUAGUCGUUUGAGUAAAGCAGAGUUGAAAAUAAAGUAAAAUAAAACAA